AUGGGGAAAUGCUUUGCUUUGAUCUUUCUCUUAUCUUUUCCUUUGCUUCUUGUCCUUCAAAACCUACAAGUCGUUAACGCCGUCGGGUGUGCCGGAAGCUUUUACAACGAUAACAGCGCUUACGUUCAGAAUCGCGACGAUAUAUUCUCUACUCUUGCUGAUAAAGUAAUUGCCAACGGUGGAUUCUACAACGCUUCACUCGGCAACAGUCCAACCAGAGUUUACGCUCUUGUCCUCUGCCAAAGAGGCUACGACCAACAAGCUUGUUUCAAUUGUGUCCUAAGUGCGACUCGAGGUAUACGAACGGAAUGUCGAAACCGAAUGAAUUCUUACACGUGGGACAAAGACGUUGAAGACAAUGUUUCUUGUCUUGUACGUUCUUCAGUCCACUCAACUUUUGGGAACCUUGAGCUUAGUCCUGCUAUUCUAUAUUCAAGUCCAGAUGGUAUCGAUCCAUCUAACAACAUGACCCUUUUCGAACAAGAGUGGGAUGGAAUGGUUAACCGGACUGUCGAGGCUGCCACGGAUGCUGAAACUUCCUCCGUACUUAAGUACUAUGGUGCCACAGAAGCCGAGUUUACUGAGUUUGAAAAUGUUUACAUGCUGAUGCAGUGCACACCCGACAUAACUUCUCAAGAUUGCGAUAGAUGUUUGAGAGAAUGCGUGACGUUAUUUAAAAACCAGGUCUGGGGAAGACAAGGAGGCGAGGUCAAUCGUCCCAGCUGCUUUUUCAGGUGGGAUUUUUAUAAAUUCCAUGGUGCUUUUGGUAAUGUUACUAGAGUUCCAGCACCUCCGGCUCAGGAGAGCUCUACAACAGACAACAAAGGAAGAAGCACAAGGUCUUGGUUAACCAUCGCGAUAAUUGUGGUUCUUACUUUUAUUAAUGUUUUUGUAUCUAUCGGUCUCAUAAAGUUCUUUGCUCGGAGGAGGAAAUCAAACAACGAAAUCAAUGUUGAUGGUGAAGAGCACUCUGAGUCAGAUGGUCAACAUAUGCUACGGUUUAAUCUUGGUAUGAUCUUGACAGCAACCAAUAACUUCUCGUCUGAAAAUAAGCUUGGGCAAGGUGGAUUUGGUACUGUCCACAAGGGGAUAUUACCAAACGGGCAAGAGAUAGCGGUGAAGAGAUUAUCAAAAGGUUCAGGACAGGGAGAUACAGAGUUUAAGAAUGAGGUUUCACUCUUGACAAGACUCCAACAUAGGAAUCUCGUUAAGCUUCUCGGUUUCUGUAGUGAAGGAGAUGAAGAUAUCCUCGUCUACGAGCUUGUCCAUAAUUCAAGUCUUGACCACUUUAUCUUCGAUGAAGAGAGGCGUUCACUUCUUUCAUGGGAGCUUAGAUUCAGAAUAAUGGAAGGCAUUGCUCGAGGUCUUCUUUAUCUUCAUGAAGAUUCUCAGCUGAAGAUUAUUCACCGAGACUUGAAGGCGAGCAACAUCCUGUUAGAUGCAGAGAUGAACCCUAAAGUUGCAGACUUUGGGACCGCAAGGUUGUUCGACACUGAGGAGACUCGAGCUGAAACAAGAAGAAUAGCUGGAACCCGUGGAUAUAUGGCUCCUGAAUACCUGAAUCACGGACAAAUCUCAGCUAAAUCUGAUGUAUACAGCUUCGGUGUUAUGCUUUUAGAGAUGAUAAGUGGGGAAAGAAACAAUAGCUUUGAAGGAGAAGGACUUGCAGCUUUUGCAUGGAAGAGAUGGGUUGAAGGAAAGCCUGAGACUGUAAUUGAUUUUUUACUGAUGAAGGAGCCUAUAAACGAGAUCAUGAAGUUGAUCCAGAUUGGUUUAUUGUGUGUUCAAGAGACUGCAGCAAAGAGGCCAACUAUGAGGUCGGUAAUAGUUUGGUUUGGCAGUGAGACUAUCAUCAUUCCUUUACCUAAAGCUCCUCCUAUGAUUGGAAGUCAAUGUCAAUCUGAAGAUGGUACAAUGUCAAUGAGCAAUGACCCCACGGAGUUGAGUUGUCGUUGA